ACAGUCAUUCAUGAGGUCAAACCUGCCAGUAUCAGAUUAAUUUCAAACACAGAGUCAAAAGACCAGUCUCAGUUUUGGGUUGUGACAGGUACAGGAGUGAAGGAAAGGCAAAGACGCUGAGAGAGGUAGUAGUGAAGGGUUUGAAUGUUUAGUGAGAGGUUAAAGUAAAGGGUUCAAGAGAAAGUAUCAAAGUUCUAAUUCUUCAAGUUGUUAGUAAGAGACUGCCUACCAAAGUAGACAUUUGUGAUAUAACUGAGUGUUACUUUUUGCCACGAAAAGCAAAGACAAGGUUCAGACCAUAUUAAGCGAUAGUAUAAUUAUCAACAGAGAAGAGACAGAGUUAGUUGGAUCAUGGCAGUGACUCUGUGCCAGGUAAUGGGCUUUCUCCUUAGCCUACUGGGGGUGGCUGGGGUUAUAGCAGCUACAUGCAUGGACCAGUGGGCUACGGAGGACCUGUAUGACAACAUUGUGACUGCCGUCUUCUCUUACUCGGGCCUCUGGAGAUCCUGUGUGAGACAGAGCUCUGGAUUCACAGAGUGUCGACCAUACUUCACCAUUCUGGGGCUACCAGCUAUGCUCCAAGCUGUGCGGGCUCUAAUGAUAGUGGGGAUAGUUUUGGGAGCAAUCAGCUGUCUGAUCGCCAUAUUUGCUCUCAAGUGUUUGAAAAUGGGAAACAUGGAGGACAAUAUAAAGGCUACAAUGACUCUCACCUCAGGAGUCAUGUUUCUGCUUGCAGGUGUUUGUGGCAUUGCUGGAGUGUCUGUUUUUGCCAACCUAAUCGUGACCAGCUUCUUCUUCACCACCUACACUGAGGGUGGAUAUGGUGGAGGAGUAAUAGGAGGAGGCCUCGGAGGAUCUCUCACUCCCAGGUACACCUUUGGCCCUGCCCUCUUUGUGGGAUGGAUAGGUGGGGCAUUGUUGGUGGUGGGAGGGGUUAUUAUGUGUAUGGCCUGUCGGGGUAUGGUUCCACCCGAGGAGAAGAGACAAAAUUAUGGGUUGGCUUACAAAGCUGCGUCCCACCACACAACUGUGUACAAGGCUGACACCAGAUCCAGACCAGCCUACGACGAAUCUUUCAGAGCCCAGAGUUUCAUACAGGGUUACUCUGAAAGAAAAUCCUGGUUUGGUUUGAUUUGUUAUUUUUCUACUUGGUUAUUAUACUCUUAUAUUCCAUGUUUUUUGGUAUUGUUAUGCUAAAUUCAGGGAGACAAUAUUGUAAUUUUUGUAAUUCCGUGGUAUAAAAAUAAAAACUUGUAAACCUUAAUUUUUUUAUGUGCAGCAUUUGCAAAAGAACACUAAAAUACCCAAAUAUAGCCAAAAUAACAUAUAAACACCCAAAACAAAUAAAAUACCCCAAAGAACACAAUGCCCAAUUUGUAUUUUAUACAUCAGAUGUGCUUUUAACAAUUAAAUACUUACAAGCCCUUACCCAGCAGUGCAAUGAAGAAUAAAGGCUAACAAUAAAAUGUUUUAAAAAAUUCCAAAAAUAUAUACACUGCACAAAAUGGCGGUACAAAAUAUACACUGUGAUACAAAAUACUUUAUAAUAAUGAAUGCUAAAUUAAUCAAACAUGACUGCCUUUUUUUGUCAUUCCCUAGCGACUCCUUGUGGCUGUUAAGGUGCCUGUGAGGGCAAAUUACUAAGAGGGCUGGACAAAGCAUUGCUUCUGGCAUAGAUAUUCUAGUCAAGACUUCCUGGUUGACUGAGCAAUGUACAAUGGAUGUGCUUUGGAAGACCCAUAUCUUGGUAUCAAAUGUCCCAAGUCCACUGGGAGUUGCUGUGGUGAAACUGGACCUUAAUCAUGAAUUG